AUGAGCAAACUGCGCAAAGGUCAUGGAGGGGUCAUCAUUAACACUGCAUCUAUAGCAGGUCUUGAGGCGAUACCCUACAGUCCCGUGUACUCAGCCACCAAAUUUGGAGUUGUGGGCUUCACCAGAGCAAUGGGACUGGCGUCUCUCGUUGCGGAGGACGGCGUGCGCUUCAACGCUCUGUGUCCCGCAUACAUCAAGACAAAUUUGUCCGAAAAGAUCCCUGACAGAUUGGGCCCGUACACGCCCAUGCGGGACCUGAUGAUGGAGCUGAUCAACAAGCUGGGCAUCAUGGAUGCGAGUAAAGUUGCAGAAGCUCUGAUGGAGCUGGUGUUGGAUGAGAAGAAGACUGGAGAGGCGCUCAUAGUCAUGCCCCAUGAAAACAAAUACGCCCAGUUUCAAGUACUAAUCUAA